GAGGUGAUGGCGCUAAAUUGCAUGUUUCCAGCAGAAAGUGUGGGUCUAAUAGGAAUAUGUAGUUUGAACGUCUGAAAUGUUGAUUUGUACGUAAAAUGUCUAAACUACAGGUGUUGAGUGUGUUUAUUACCGAACGGCUAACAGCAGCGGCUGUGGAUAUAUUUGGUUCGGCGGAGAAGACGUUAGCAGAGUACCAGGAGCUGCUGACAACAGCGGCGGUGGAGAUAUUUGUUGUGGUAGAAAAGACGGUAGCAGAGGUUCAAGGAGAGAACGACCGUCUACGGGGGCUUCUUCUGGAUCAUUUUGGAGCAGACCCCAAGCAGGUAACUCUCCCUGAAGAGGAGGUUCCCCCUAAGCAGCAGCUGCACUGUGAGCAGGAGUGGAGCCCCAGUAUGAGGCAGGAGGACCCAGAGCCCACACAGAUUACAGAGGAACUCAGGACCAGUCAGGAGGAAGAGCAGCUUCAAAGACUUAGGUCUGCUACCACAGAGGUCAUACAGUUGAUAUUUAUUCCUCCCUGUGUGGAAAGUGACUGUGAUCAGGACAGCAAAAGGGACUCUCUACCCACCAACACAACUGAACAGACCCAAUCAGAAUCAGAUGAAGAGCACUACAGUAUCAGAGUAUCAGAACCAACCAGUGACUCUCAGCCCCUCUCUGUACUACAUCCAGACUGUUCUGCAGCUCCAAGUGAAAUCAUUGUAAGUAUUGAUGAGGAGGAGAGUGAAGAACUACCGUCAGGGUCAAAGAGAACCCGGGACAAGAAAGGACAAAGCUCUCAAGUCUGCACUGAAGCCAAGGCAACCAAUGAGCAGAAAGCACCAUUGAAGUGUCACACAAGCAAGAGGCGAUACAAGUGUCCUGUGUGCAGUAAACUGUUUAAGGCACCAGUCAGUUUAAAAGUACAUCAGAGAAUUCACAAAGCAGAGAAACGACACAGGUGUCCUUUCUGUUGUGAAGGCUUUAAAUCACUAAAUGGUCUUCAAAGACACAAAAAAGUUCACACAGGGGAGAAAGAAGGACCACAGCAGUGUUCUUUGUGCAAUGAAUCCUUUCUUUGCACAGCUUCUUUUAAAGAUCAUCAGCGAAUUCACACAGGUGAAAAAACAUAUCUGUGCAAAGAAUGUGGCAAAUCCUUCAGUGUCAAGACCGACUUCAACAAGCAUAUGAGCACUACUCACCCAGAUGCAAAACCGUACAACUGUCCCGUGUGCAAUGAAUGUUUCAACACACCAGGCUCUCUGAAAAUACAUGGGAAAACUCAUGGAGUGAAUCCAUGCAUCUGCCCUGUGUGUAAUAAAUGCUUUAAGAGGCCACGCUACCUAAAGGAACACCAACAGAAGUUUCAUGGUAGUGAGAAACCAUACACGUGUGCAGUGUGCAGUAAAAGCUUUUAUAAUGUAAGCCAUUAUAAAGUACAUCAGAGAAAUCACACAGGGGAGAAACCCUUCAAGUGUCCUGUGUGUAUUAAAAGCUUUACUAGCGCAGGCCUGUUGAAAAUACAUCAGGUAAUUCAUACUGGUGAGAAACCACAUAAGUGCAAAGAAUGUGACAAAUGCUUCUACCGCAAGGGACAUCUGGUCAAGCAUAUGAGGACUCACACAGGGGAGAAACCAUAUUGUUGCCGUGAAUGUGAGAAAUGCUUCACUCAAAGGUCAUCAUUAAAAGACCAUAUGAGGAUUCACACAGGGGAGAAGCCGUUUUGUUGCACUGGAUGUGAGAAACGCUUCACUCAAAGGGCAACAUUAAAAGUGCAUAUGAAGAUUCACACAGGGGAGAAACCAUAUCAGUGUAAAGAGUGUGACAAAUCUUUCGGUCAAAAACAUGAACUGAGAAAGCAUACGAGAAUUCACACAGGGGAGAAAUCAUACAAGUGCCCUCUUUGUGAAAAAUGCUUUAAAUCAUUGGGUGGUCUGAAACAACACGAGCUGAAUCACUCUGGAGAGAAACCAUCAUAUCUCUGCAGCGAUUGUGGCAAAAGCUUCCGAACGAUGAGUUACCUGAGGGUUCAUAUGAAGACUCACACAGAGAGCGAACCGGGGAGUCGUACAGAGAGCGAACCGGGGAGUCGUACAGAGAGCGAACCGGGGAGUCGGACAGAGAGCGAACCAAGAAGUCGGACAGAGAGAGAAUUGGGGAGUCACAAAAAGAGAAGACUGCAUAUGUGUCCUGUAUGUGGAAAAGGCUUUGCAUAUCCAAAUGUUCUAAAAAUCCACCAGCGAAUUCACACUGGGGAGAAACCACAUCAAUGUCAUGUUUGCAACAAAAGAUUCAUUCAGAAAUGUGAUCUGACUAGACAUAUGAGGACACACACAGGGGAGAAACAACGAGAAAAUCAAUCAGAGAAACAGUUGUAUCUUUGCAGUGAUUGUGGCAAGUGCUUCCGGGAGAAACGUUAUCUGAGAAAGCAUAUGAGGAUUCACACAGAGAGAGAUCCGGAAAAUAAAACCGAGCGAGAGCUGCAUAAGUGUCCUGUUUGUGGAAAAGGCUGUACAUCACUGAGUUAUCUCAAAGACCACCAGGGAAUUCACACUGGAGAGAAACCUUAUCUGUGUACUGUUUGCGGCAAAAGCUUCACUUGGAAGGGAGUCCUUAGAGAACACAUGAAGACUCACACAGGGGAGAAAUCACAUCAGUGCCAUGUCUGCAGCAAAAGGUUCAUUUAUAGCAGAAAACUGUCACUUCAUAUGAUGACUCACACAGGGGAGAAGCCAUUUAAGUGUUCUGUAUGUGGGAAAGGUUUUACAUCAUCAGGUGAUCUGACACGCCACAAGCGAAUUCACACUGGAGAGAAACCAUAUCGCUGCAACGAUUGCAACAAAUGCUUUAGUCAGAUCAGUUCCCUUAAAUCACACAUGAAGAAUAUUCACUAAACGGAACACAAGUGUCCAUUGUGUAAAAUGUCCGUUUUGAAGAUAAAGGCUUAUUCAAACUGACACCUGUAAGUGAACAUACCCUCAGGUUUGAUAAUAACUGAAUUAUACUGUACUGUAGGCCCUAACUUAUGUGCUUUGUCACCUCUGGGUCUGCAUGGCAAAUGGCCCAGGAAAACACUCCAGGGCCAUUCAGCCCUUCCUGACAAUUGAAAUGUGUGUUAGUGAUGCUAUUUCCUCCAUGUUUGGUAUCUCAUAAACUUCUGAAGAGAACUUUGAUGUUAUCUAUAUGGAUGUAUGAUCUGCGGUAACUUGUAUCUGAACAGGGUGAACUUUAAACUACUGUAUGUUAAGGGAUUUUAUUGUCCUUAGGAAUUCUGCCUUAUUUGGUUUCAUCCCCCACACAAGCCAUUAGACUCUGUUGUGGAUAUUGGGCCUGGGUAAUCAGGUCACUGUAACUUGUUAUGGUUGGAUGGUUUGAUAAAGUCACCUUGAAAUGUUAGAAAGGGAAUGCCUUUUUUCUGUCUCGUCCUCCUGUCCUACGCUCUACAGAAAAGCUAUAUGAACAUGUUUUUCUUGUAGGCUGCUCGGCCUGAGUAGGUCUGUUUUUGGUCAUGCUUUGCCUUGUAACUGUAAGAUCCCAGCCCCAUCAAAAAGAAAUAUUCACACACACCGGAUAGGUGCAGUGAAAUGUGUUGUUUUACAGGGUCAGCCAUAGUAGUACAGCACCCCUGGAACAAAUUAGGGUUAAGUGCCUUGCUCAUGGGCAAAGACAGAUUUUUCACCUUGUCGGCUCUGGUAUUCAAACCAGCGACCUUUCGGUUACUGGCCCAACGCUCUAACCACUAGGCUACCUGCCGCCCUUGUCAUAUGCCUUGUCACGUUUGUUAAUGCUUUAUAACUUAAGCUUCAUGCCUGUGAAUCGUAAACAUUUUUACAAUGUAGUUAAAUCUAUUUUCCUUUACAAUUUUAAUUCUCAGACGUUUCUUGAUAGCCUAAGUAUAUUCUCUAUGGAAUCGGAUAAUUCAUUAACAUAUAAAUUGUGAAGUCUUAUCAAGGGUCGCAUGUGAGUAAUAUAUUAUAUGAUCAAUACUACUUCACUAGUCCAACUUCGUAGCAAACCUAUAUUAUGUAAUGGUUGUUACUUUGAAACCUUCAAUAAAUGUUUUUAUUAGCUA